AGAUAAGAUGCGUUAUAAUUUCCCCGGUGAACUUGCCUUUCCCGGGUAGAAAUUGGCUCCUAACUUCGCUUCAUACCCGCCACCGUCAGAGCAUAUCAUCAAGACCUGCCAGAAUGCAAUCAGAGUGCAUGGCCUCUGUCGAAAAGUGUCUCUGAAAUACUGUGCAUGCGUGUCGUAUUCAGGCUAGGUGCAGCUUGGCAGGCUUUGUGGAGGUAAAAUUGAAACAAGUAGGAGUAAUAAUUCUGUCGCGACAAACUGGGAUCGAUAUCGGGUUGAGUUGUGUUAUCGUUGACAGCGGCCACAGCGGCAUCAAAGUACAUCAUGCCAGCCUACAAUACUUCACAGCGGAUGGCGAUUCAUCAGUUUGUCAACUUCACGCAGGCCAAGGAGAGCAUAGCGGCAAAGCUCCUGAAGAACCACGACUGGAACUUGGAACGCGCGCUUGAUUCGUGAGUAUGCCUUUCAUUGUCUUGCACUUAAGCCUCCUCCCUCUCUGGUCCAACUCAGUGUCCGCGUUGGGUGUAUUGAAUCGGAAGGACGACAUAACUUGCGAGACAUCGACAUGGCCAUUAUUACCGGCAGUAGAGUACAUGGUCCAGGAAGUACAAUAAUGGUGGCUACUGGAGUGUCCGUCGGUCAACAGCAAUCAGCAACUGAGAGGCCUUGCGACGACAAUGCCCACACACGAUCUCAACUUUAAGUCGCAGCCUCGUCCAACUCUUUCGCCAAGACUGCCUUCUUUGUCAGUGCAGAGACAGAGAGAUUUGUCUCAGCUUGUUCCAACUUCCAGGCAGCCAUCGCUCUUUCUUUUGAUGUGACGGUCAUCUGAAAUCCAAAAAGCCCAGAUCGCCAUUAAACCCAUCUUUUCAUCGUUCAGUCAGAUUACCUCCUCACUGCGUCAUGGCACCUAGCAAGACAGCCAAGCCACUCAGCAAGCCGCCGAAGAAGGCCCCGAGCAAGCCUGCAAAAACGACGCGCAAGACUGCAAGUGAUGCGACGCCCAGCAAGCCGGCCAGGAAGCGCAAAGCCGCCAGUGAUGCCACGGCGACCAACGAUGCCGCUCCACCCGAGAAAAAGCCCAAGAAAUCUCCUGCCAAACCAAAGACCUCUGCUGUAGACUCAACCAUCAAGCCCAAGAAACCCCGUGCAAAGGCGGAGCCCAAGACACCCAAGAGGGCGACCAAGAAGGCACCUGCCGCGACGACCACCGAGACAUCCGAGGCCACAGGGUUCGUUGUUUGUCACUACUGGAGCCUGCAAUACUGACAUGUUUUUUUCCUCCGACAGGUUUUACCAGGCCGGUUCCACCGAUGGAGUCCCAUCUGCUGUCGAGAAGAAUUUGAAGAAGUUGUUUGACGAUUACCGAGGUAAUACUAUUUGGAACAUCUACAGAACAGCCUCUCUGACAGGUGACUGCCUAGACAAUCCUAAAGAAUCCCCAGACAAGAUCGGCAUCGACGGCGCUCAGAACUACCUCGGUGCCAUCAAAGUGCAGUUGGACGAACUCGCUCACCUGGCCAUUUGCGACCUGUUGCAGUGUCCCUCGAUCGGUGAAUUUGACAGAGAUCCUUUCGUCGCAGGCUGGCGCAGCGCGUCAUCCGCGAACAAGCCCUGCGAUACCGUCGCGGCCCAAGCGCAGUACGUCGACGUCAUUCGCAAGAAGAUGUCCGCCGACCCGGCCUACUUUAAACAAGUCUACCGCAAUGCCUUUAAGCUCGCCAAGCCCGAGGGUCAGAGGAGUGUCCCCAUGGAGUCGGCCGUCGACUUUUGGAACAUGUUCUUCCGGUCGGACAACGGUGGCCUAGGCUGGAACACCGCGUCGACCAAGUGGUUGGACAUGUGGUGUGAAUUCUACGAAACCAACAUCAAGAGACCGGUCAACAAGGACUUGUGGAACAUGGUCGGUGAGAUGGCCUUGAAGAUCAAGGAGCCGGAUGGGGAGGCCCUGGAGUGGUGGAGUCCGGACGGCGCGUGGCCCAUGGCGAUCGAUGACUUCAUCUCGCACGUCAAGGACAAGACAAAGUCGGCCGGUGGUGAUGAUGCGAUGGAUACCAGCUAACCCAUCAGCGUCGUUCGUUGGGGAGCAUGGCAUUCAUGCCUUGGCACACAUUAUGUUCUUGUUGCCGUCAUGUUCACACACUCCAUCACAUCACGCACACACACACACGACAGGCUGCAGAAGAAUGGUCAAAAGAUGAAAGUGGACUUGAUCAACAACUACGGCAGCAACCUGCAUUUUUGCUCUUCGUGCUAUUAGCGACUAACCACAGAGAAUUAUGAGAAGACAUUCUAGCGUGUCAAACAGAUAAAGCAUUGGGUCAGUUCUGAUUCUCUACCACUGACCGACAAAUGAGAAUGAAUGUUCAAUUCGAUA